GGUGGUCGGCCGCGAUCUCCCGAAUUUGCGCCCCAAUGGGGAAGACCAUCGAGGCGCAGGCGGCGGAGGGAGGAAGGGGAUGCUGCGCUGUACGGAUACGGGGGUGGUGACACCCGCGUAGAGGAGUUGGGCACGGAUGAGGACGACACGGACUCACAAGGCGUUGGGGUUUCUACGGGGAUGGUUACUCGUUUUGUUAGUGAUUCUCUUCGAUUCACGGGUAUAGACUUGGGCGAUCGGGAAGGCGGGGCUCCCCGCAGAGGGUAUUUGGGAGGCUCGGACGAGGAUGAUGAUGAGGAGGAUGAUGACUCGUCUUCCGGGGACGAUGAUGAGUACGAAGAGCAGUUGGCGCGAAUGUCGCCGAGGGAUAGGGAAGACUUUCUGGUCCAGUCGGCGAUGGCACGAAUCGAGCGGGCCCGGGCCAUGGGCAGGAGUGACGUCGAUCUCAACAAGCACGAACUUGCAGCUUUGGAACGACACCGAAAACGUAUGGAGGAGGAGGGAAAGAAGAAGCGAAAGGGCGAACGCAAGAAACGAAAGGAACAGCGGAUCGCGGUGCCGCUCACCGAAUUGGAGCCUGUCUCACGCAAGAAAAAGGGGUCCCAGCAGGACCCUCUGCCUCGCUACCCAUCGUCGAGCAGCAACUUGGGCGACGCUCAGGAUAACCCAAGCUACCCUCGCAUGGGGUACUUCCCUCCACCGGCAACAUCUCGCACGCGAUCGGGUACCUCUUCCUCGCAAAGACAACCCAGCCGGGCCCGAACUGAACGCGAGGGAGGCGCCUUCGAGUAUUCGCAAGGGCCUGCGCCCAACACUCGCCAGGCGUCUGACACAGCGGCCGGGCAACGCUCAACCCGAGGGUCUCCUCCUGAAGACCCCUGGGUAGGUUCUCGGGGAGGCCAUGAUCCCUUCCAGUUCCAGACAGCGGGUCCGCGAGCUACGGCCGCCUCUCGACGGCCUGCGGCGGGCUCGAACGAUUUGGCCUAUCCGACCCGGCGAGGAGCUGGCGGCCCUGUCACGAGGAGCAGCCGUGGGUCCAGACGCCAGAGCGUUGACGAGGGUACAAGCGAAGAGGACAGUGACGAGGAUGACGAUGAUGACUCCUCGGUGGGACAGGAGACAAGUUCCAGCGACAACACCGGAAACGGGGCGCAGAUCCGGGAAGCCCCAAGAGGGCGAACCCCUGCGGUUAUCGUUGAGGCGGAUCCGGAGCCCGAAUCCAAAUCGCAGCCCGCCAAGAAGAGUGCAUCCAAGAACCACUCCCCGGUGAAGCGAAAGCCGGCGAGAGGGGGACGACGCAGGAAGUGAGGUCCCGUGUCUUUGGACGAAGCAAUGGCAAAAGCUUGACAAUUUUGUAAUCAAUCCCUCCUAAAAUUGGCAUAUAAUAAGACGAUUGUUCAACUUG